AUGAACGGACGAACAAAGCUUGUAUCAUGCAGAGCUAACAGCUAUUAUAGUACCGGGGCGACCGGCUUCGUGGGUGGGCAGGCUCUGCACGAGAUCUACCACGCGGCACGUGCGCAUUUCGAGAUAGCUGUGCUGAACCGGCACGUGGAGAGCGAGGCGAAGAUACUGAAAGCAUUCCCGAAAGUCCGCAUAGUACGAGGUGACCUCGACGCUGUUGAGCUCAUCGAGUCGGAAGCUCAGAACGCUGAUGUCGUCUUUCAUCUGGCAAGCACUAAGCACCUUCGAAGCGCCCAAGCCAUAGCAAAUGGCCUGUCCGACAUCAGGCGCAGCAAACCUGGCUACUGGGUGCAGAUGUCUGGCGCAUCCAUGUUCUCCGUCCCAGAUAUUGCCAAAGGCACAUAUGGCGAGCCUCCAUCGGUAUUCCAUGACGACCUGAAGGAUACUGACAAGAUACUCUCCAUCAUUCGGAACAACCCAGCGCGGAACGUUGACCACCUUGUCCUUGAUCGAGACUCGUCCAAGGUCAAGACUGCAUUGAUCGUUGGCCCGCUGAUCUAUGGCACCGGCCAGGGGCCAGGCAACACUCGCAGUAUUCAGGUCCCCGAGAUGACCCGUGUGACGCUCGAGAAGGGCGAGGGCUUCCGUGUCGGCGCUGGGAAGAGUGUCUGGAGCACGAUCCAUGUUCGCGAUCUGGGCGCAGUAUUCGGGAAGCUGGCACUUGCGGCAGACGAAAAGCAAGCAGAUGCUUGUAAUGAGAAUGGCGUGUACUGCAUUGAAAGCGGCAAGAAGGCAUUUGGCGACAUUGCCGAACUCAUAGCCAAAGAAGCCCACGCGCAAAGCUUGAUCAAGUCGGCUGAAGUAAAGACCAGCUUGAGCGCAGAUGAGGCAAAUGCAGCGAUGCCCGCCGGCGCUGUCUUCUGGGCGACGAACGCUGUGUCAGUGGGUGAGCGUGCAAGAAAGCAGCUCUCAUGGCAGCCUGUACACGAAAGCCUCGAGGACACAAUACCUGAUGCUGUGAAACUUGAGGCUCAUAGAAGAACAGCUUCAUCAAUGGUGUAG